UAUCAAAUUUUCUCAACAAAAAGACUUUGAUUAGGAAAAAAAAAUUAAAAAAAAAAAUCUUGGACAAGAAACUGACAAUCCCUCCCUUCUUUUUCCGGCGAAACCCACCACGUCGCAGGUCGCAACCCGUCCAUUCGGCGACCCCCCUUCGGCGACUCACCACAUCGUACGUGACGACCCCCACGACCUCCCCCUCCGCCAAUCAAGCCUAGAUAUCACUCAUCCCGUUAUCUUCCAUUUCCUCCGUCACCGGCGCCGACGACUCUCCUUCCUCACCCAUCCCAAACCGAAAAUGUCAACAACCGAUGGGGCGACGAACAAACCACCUGGCCUCGUUAUAUCGCCGACAAAACCCAUUUUGUCGUUCCUCGCAUCAGCCUCCAAAGACCAAUCCCUCUCUCAGGAGCUUCGAGAAAUCGCCUCCGAUCUCUCUUCAAAACCCAGCGUUCCGUACAAGUCCCUUCGGAUUCUCUGGUCAGCUUCCGACCCGGCUUCCCGACCCACCUUGAUACAACUCUUGUCGGGAUCGGAGUUCGUCCUCCCUAGCCCCAAACCCAGAGAAAAGAGCGAGGAGUUGAAGGCAAGGCUGAGGAAGCUAGCUGAAAUGGCGGAGAGGAAAGCGUACGCAGAGCUGGUGAAGGACAUUAUGCCUAAGAAGGACAACUCCGAGCCUUUCUCUUCUUACAAAGAUCAGUUGGGAUUUGGUUUACAUGUUGCGCUGACGAUGUUCACUGGCUAUUUGGUUGGUUAUGCUGCAUUCAGAGCAUUAUUUAACCACAGUCCUGCUAUGAAUGCAGCUGGUGGAAUUCUUGGAUUGAUAGGUGGCAUGCUCAUAGAAACAUUUCUUUUCAUAAUUAGGACUUCCAGCCAAGAUCUUCGAUCAUCGACUUCUACUUCCAAGCAGAAGAAGGAUCAGUAGACUUGGUUUUCCAAAGGAAAACAUGGAAUGGAAGAACAAUGUAAAAAAUGGAAUAUUAAUAAAGAAGCACGGCUUUGUGAACUCUUAUAGAAGCUUCCAUUUUGAUCUGCUGGAUUUGGACUUUGCUGUCUCCCUCUUCCGGCUGUUUGAACUUCGUUUUCUUUGUCAAUGACAACUCGUCGAUAAUGUUUGCAGAUCACAGUAUUAACUCAUCGAGAUUAGACGGAUUCUCAAUCUCCUUGGUCAGCUUCUUUAUUAUGUUGGGAAGAAGCUUGAAGAGUGUCUUUAAAGUUUAAUCUGAUUAUACUCUUUCCUUAUUGGGUUUUGUCUGAAUUUUUGUUCCAUAUUGUAUGUAUAGCAAUAGAAUAAUAAAGUUUCUGAAAGGAAUUUUUGUUA